AUGAUCGGUGUCAAUCGUCACCUAAUCCACGACGAGAUGCGUGCUCUUGACCAGUGCCGCAGUGCCCAGAUGGAGCUCACGGAGCAUAAGAUACGGAGUUGUGGAUCAGAGCUGAAGAUCCACGCCAACCUGCUGUUGCUGGCAGAUGAAAGCCGCAGCAUCUGCAACUCGGAGAAGGAUACAGAAAUGGAGGCUGGACCUGUCGCGGCGGCGACGUGCGGCACACCGAGGACGGUGCCGUUCGCAUGGGAGCACGAGCCGGGGGUGUCCAAGCUGCAGAGCCCGGCCGAGGCCAAGAAGCAGCCCACCAGCCGAAGGACAACGGCGUCCGCCAGCAUGAAGAAGGCUGAGGCGCAACCGCUGCGCGUGCCGCCGCCACCGGGAGGGCCCGGGGCGCCGGCGAUGUCGCCGUCCCCGUCGGCGAGCAGACGGGGCGUCGUCCGGCCGGAGGAGGACCCGUUCCUCGCGGCCUACCUGGCCUGCACCGCGGGCGACAGGAAGGCGGCCGGGAGAGGGCGCGACGUGGGGGCCCAGAAGCUGGUUGGAUGGGCCGGGCUUAGACUCAGCCUCGGCCUCGGUCUCGGCGCCUCCUGCAAGAGCUCCUGUGGGGUCGUGGAGGGGAGCGUCGUCAGGCUGCCAAAAGUCCGUGAAGCUGAUGAUCGUUGCUAA